GGGGAGGAGGAAAAUUCGGUGGCUCGGGCUUCUCCAGGCCGUCCACGCCCACCCAGCCCAGCUCCCGGGGACUCCCCACUGGCUGUGUGGGGCGUGGCCCCGGAGCCCCAGGUGGCUGGCGGGCACUGAGAGGGCAGCCGCGGGGGGCAGGGGAAUUCCGUGGGAUUGGCCAGCGCGGGCGGUGCGGUGCGCGUGCGCGCACAGUGAGGCGGGGCUCCAGUCCACGUACUGCCCGCGGGCCCGUAAGGACCGCGUAGGCGCGCCCGCCUGUGGCCACGAGGCCUGGUUGCCCCACCCGCGGUGGCCACUAGGGUCUACCUGCGUCGGGGAGGCUCGUGCGCGCUGCUCAGGCCGCAUCCCGGAGCCCGCGCCGCGAGGCCCGUCUCUAGCACCUGCCAGACGGGCUGGGGCGGGGCCUGGGCGGGGCCGUGGCUCUCCCCGCCCACCCGCGGAGCCCGGGCGGAAGCGAGUGGUGGGGCCCGAGCGGCCUGCUGCGAGGCGCAGACAAUGGGAUUGGGUCUGCGAACGGUGGCGGCUCAGGCGGCAACGAGGGGCUCUGAGCCCCGGGCCCGGCCAGGGCGGGAGGCCGCGCCAUGAGUCCAGCAGCCGGGCGCCCCCCUGCGCCGCGCGCGGGCCGAGGCGAACGGCCGCUGAGAGCCAGGGGCCCCUCCCUUGGGCCGGCGAUGAGCUGCGGAGGCUGAGGAUGAUGGUAGAUUACCAGAGCUCCACGCAGGAGAUCGGCGAGGAGCUGGUCAACGGGGUCAUCUACACCAUCUCCCUGCGCAAGGUGCAGGUGCACCACGCCGCCAACAAGGGCCAGCGCUGGCUGGGGUUUGAAAAUGAGCCAGGCCUGAACCUCUACGAGACCUGCAAGGUGCGGACGGUCAAGGCAGGCACGCUGGAGAAGCUGGUGGAGCACCUGGUGCCUGCCUUCCAGGGCAGUGACCUCUCCUAUGUCACCAUCUUCCUCUGCACGUACCGGGCCUUCACCACCACCCAGCAGGUCCUGGACCUGCUGUUCAAAAGGUACGGUAGAUGUGAUGCCCUCACGGCCUCCUCUAGAUACGGAUGCAUCCUCCCUUAUUCUGACGACGACGGCGGACCUGAGGACCAGCUAAAAAACACCAUCUCCUCCAUCCUGGGCACCUGGCUGGACCAGUACUCAGAGGAUUUCUUUCAGCCACCGGAUUUUCCCUGCCUCAAGCAGCUGGUGGCCUAUGUGCAGCUUAACAUGCCUGGCUCAGACCUGGAGCGCCGUGCCCACCUUCUCCUUGCCCAGCUGGACCACCCGGAGCCCAUCGAGGCAGAGCCAGAGGUGCAGGCAUCAGCUCCAGAGCUAGAGCCAGUUCUGACGCCAACUCCCGAGAUACAGCCAGCACUGGUGCCAGUUUCAGAGGUAGAGCCAGCUCCGACACCACCUCCAGAGCAAGACACAGCUGCCUCCCCAGCCCCAGAGCUAGAGCUGGAGCUAGCACCAGCUGCAGCAUCAGAGCCUUCCUGCCCAUUGCCUGUGACCACAGAGAAUGAGCUGAGUGAGGAGAAGGCUAACCUCUUGGCGUUCCCUCCUGAGCUGGUGGCAGAGCAGUUUACACUGAUGGAUGCGGAGCUGUUCAAGAAAGUGGUGCCCUAUCAUUGUUUGGGCUCCAUCUGGUCCCAGCGUGACAAGAAGGGCAAGGAGCACCUGGCGCCCACCAUCCGUGCCACCGUCACCCAGUUCAACCGUGUGGCCAACUGCGUCAUCACCACCUGCCUUGGGGACCGGAGCACAAAGGCCCCGGACAGGGCCAGGGUGGUGGAGUACUGGAUUGAGGUGGCCAGGGAGUGCCGGAUCCUCAAGAACUUCUCCUCUCUCUACGCUGUCCUCUCUGCUCUGCAGAGCAACUCGAUCCACAGACUGAAGAGGACCUGGGAGGAAGUUUCCAGGGACAGCUUCCGCCUCUUUCAGAAGCUAUCUGAGAUUUUUUCAGAUGAGAACAACUACUCACUAAGCAGGGAGCUGCUGAUCAAGGAGGGGACCUCCAAGUUUGCCACUCUGGAAAUGAACCCCAAGAGAGCCCAGAAAAGACAGCAGCAGCAGGAGAGGGGUGUCAUCCAGGGCACCAUUCCCUACCUGGGGACAUUCCUCACGGACCUGGUGAUGCUGGACACGGCCAUGAAGGAUUAUCUGUAUGGUAGACUGAUCAAUUUUGAAAAGAGGAGGAAGGAGUUCGAGGUGAUUGCCCAGAUUAAGCUGCUGCAGUCAGCCUGCAACAAUUACAGCAUCGCUCCCGAGGAGCAGUUUGUGGCCUGGUUCCAGUCUAUGGAGCGGCUCAGCGAGACUGAGAGUUACAACCUGUCCUGUGAGCUGGAGCCCCCGUCCGAGUCGGCCAGCAACACCCUCAAGGCCAAGAAGAACACGGCCAUCAUCAAGCGCUGGAGCGACCGCCAGGCCCCCAGCACAGACUUCAGUACCACCGGCAGCUCCCACUCCAAGUCCUGUGACCAGCUCAAGUACGGCCCCUACCUCAGCAGCGGAGACGCAGCCGAUGCGCUCAGCGUGCACUCAGCCGGCUCCUCCAGCUCCGACGUGGAGGAGAUCAACAUGAGCUUUGUCCCCGAAUCCCCCGACGGCCAGGAAAAGAAGUUCUGGGAGUCGCCAUCCCAGUCAUCCCCAGAGACCUCCGGCAUCAGCUCAGCCUCUAGUAGCACCUCCUCCUCCUCAGCCUCCACCACCCCCGUGGCCACCACACGCACCCACAAGCGCUCCAUCUCAGGGGUCUCCAGCUACAACUCCUCGCUGCCACUCUACAACCAGCAGGUGGGCGACUGCUGCAUCAUCCGCGUCAGCCUGGACGUGGACAACGGCAACAUGUACAAGAGCAUCCUGGUGACCAGCCAAGAUAAAGCUCCAACUGUGAUCCGCAAGGCCAUGGACAAACACAACCUAGAUGAGGACGAGCCAGAGGACUAUGAGCUGGUCCAAAUCAUUUCAGAGGAUCGAAGGCUGAAGAUCCCUGACAACGCCAACGUGUUCUACGCCAUGAACUCUACUGCCAACUAUGACUUUGUCCUGAAGAAACGGACGUUCACCAAGGGGGCAAAGGUCAAGCACGGAGCCAGCUCCACCCUUCCACGCAUGAAGCAGAAGGGCCUCAAGAUUGCCAAGGGCAUCUUCUGACCAGCCCCUGGCACCGGCCAGCCACAGGGCCGCCCUUCCCAGGGUCUGGCCAUCCGGGCAGGUUAGCCCUUACGGACUCGUACGGGCCAGGCCAGGUGGGUGCCGCCCUCCCUGCCAGCCAGCCUAGGCCCCCCACUCCCAGGCUUGUUUCCCCCCGACCUCUCCUGCUCCCGGGCGUGAAGCCUGUCCGCAGGCUGACCUGGACUCCCGUGGACCACUUGCUGCCUUAGGUGCCUUCUGCCCUGUGGGAACCAGAGGACUAGCUGACUUUUGCCAAGGAGCACUGCCAACGGGCGUGGUGCCCUGCCCACUGCCGGGCACUGCCCUCUCCACCCUUUCCUCGCACCUUCCCACGUGCGGGUCACUGCCACCUGUGCCCCCAGGCACCCCAGAGCAACCACUCACCCGCCGGGUCUGACCACUACAGCUCUCUGCUCGGGCCUGAGGGCGUCCACCUGUGACACUCCCAGGGGUCCCAGCCCCUCCAACCCCCACUCUAGCCCUUCUCAGGCUGCACCAAAGAUUCCACCAUCAGGGCCUACCAGGAGUGAGGGGGUCUCCACCCACCCCACCCCAGGGCGAGGAGCGAGACCCUCUUACAGAACCUGCUCUUCACCCAGUGAGUGAGGAGGAGCCCAGCCGGGUCCCACCGAUGUCGAAGCUCGUGCCACUGCAAGGGUCACAGCCACUGCUCCCUGGGCUUCAUGAGACCAUGCGAGACGGGGUUAGUGGGAGGGAGGAUUUGGGGGAGAUGGGAGGGCGACUGAAUUUUUGUAGGAAAAGCAAAAAAAAAAAAAAAAGUUUACUGAUUGGGGUGGGGCAAUA